CUCUUGAAAUGAGUUCUAUUUUGCAGUUUGGGUUCUGCAGUCUGGAGAGGACAUUUAUACAUUCCCUAGCUCCUGUCCUUGGGGUGACUGGUGUUUUAUUUGGUGGCCAUUCAGACCCAAGAUGUGGGUGGAUGGUGUUGAUUUAAUACAGUAAUGGAUUUUAUUAUUUAUUACAGCAAUUGACACAGUAUUCAACACAACACGGAUUAUGGAUUGGACUAUGGAGCAGUAAUGUAUUCAAUACGUAUUCACUGGAUUACGGACUUGUACUUGUUUAAUUGUGAUUGUAAAAUGGUAUAUUUUUUGCUUCACUUUUUUUCACUGAGCAUGAUGGGAUUUGUACCUUAAUUGGAGGGUGGGGCUGACCUACCUCUCCCUUCUCACACCUGUAUUUAAUGGAGUGUUAUUACACAGUGUGCAGGCUUGAGAAGGAGCUGGAGCCAGAAACAUUGCCUGUUCUGUUGGCACAAUAAACACCUUUUUCACUUGUGCUGCAGCGUGUUGUAUUGCAACGUUAUAAUUGGUCCUUGGCAGUGGGCUCAGCAGUCAGCACCCAAUGCUACAACAAGCGGGCGUUAUAGGUCAAAGGGCUGCACUCCUGCCGAUCCUGUCUGAGCUGUCAAUUCCCUGCCGGGGAUAGAAAACAAACAGAAGCCUCCCAGCCCUACCCCUGUCUGCAGCAACUUUGAAGGGGAAAUAUCACUCAGGUCAGGCUGGAGCCAUGUUGGCCGCUGAUCCAAUGACAAUACUCCUCUCAGCCUUUAUUUGCCUUCUUCUGGGAUUUGUUUUGUUUGGCAGGAAAAGGAAUGUUUGCCAGAAUUUCCCUCCGGGUCCAAGAGCCCUUCCAGUUAUUGGCAAUUUACUCCUUAUGGAUAGGAAACAACCCUAUAAAACACUGAUGGAGGUAUCUAAGAAGUAUGGCUCUGUAUUCAGCGUUCGGGUAGGACCGUUGAAGAUGGUUGUCCUGUGCGGCUACGAUACAGUGAAAGAUGCCCUUCUCAAUUACCCCGAUGAGUUUGCUGACCGGCCUGCCCUGCCUUUGUUUGACGAAUUAGUCAAAGGCCACGGUAUUAUCUUUUCCAAUGGUGAGAACUGGAAGGUGAUGAGACGCUUUUCUCUUUCGACACUUAGAGACUUUGGAAUGGGGAAGAAGACGAUAGAGAGCAAGAUCAUCGAAGAAUGUGAUCAUUUAGUGCAAAAGUUUAACUCCUACGGAGGAAAACCCUUUGACACCACUAUGAUAAUGAACGCAGCCGCAGCCAACAUAAUCGCUUCCAUUUUACUCAGUCAUCGAUUUCAUUAUGAAAAUCCAACGUUGCUGAGACUCCUGAAACUGGUGAACGAAAACAUGCGGCUUAUGGCAAGCCCGAUAGCCUUGCUUUACAACACUUACCCCUCUAUAAUGCGUUGGGUACCCGGAUGCCACAAAACCAUUUAUAAUAACGCACAGGAGCUGAUGGAAUUUAUUAGAGAGACUUUUUCGAAACACAAAGUCGAGUUGGACAUAAAUGACCAGAGAAACCUCAUUGAUGCAUUCCUUUCCAGGCAACAGGAGGAAAAACCUCAUUCUGCUAAAUAUUUCCACGAUGACAAUCUGACAAUUCUCGUGAUUGAUUUAUUUGCUGCCGGCAUGGAGACAACUUCAACGACCCUGAGAUGGGCACUUCUGUUAAUGAUGAAAUAUCCAGAAAUCCAAAAGAAGGUCCAAGAUGAAAUUGAGAAAGUGAUUGGCUCAGUUGAGCCCAGAGCAGAGCACAGGAAAGAGAUGCCCUAUACUGAUGCUGUACUUCAUGAGAUCCAGAGAUUUGCCAACAUCACUCCAAUGAAUGGCCCCCAUGCAACUACCAAGGAUGUCACUUUCAGGGGAUUUUUCCUACCCAAAGGUACCUAUGUAAUCCCAUUGCUGGCAUCUGUACUGAAAGAUGAAAAUUACUUUGAGAAGCCGAAUGAAUUUUACCCGGAACAUUUCCUCGACUCAGAAGGACAUUUUAUGAAAAACGAGGCGUUCCUUCCCUUCUCAGCAGGUACUGAUGGAUCUGCGUGCUUAUGGAUUUUGGCCACAUUCUUACAAAUGCACAAUAUAAAAUCAAAAUACAAUAGACAAUCCUAUGAACAUUAUUUGAUUGAGAAUUUCUGUUCUUAUUUAUGUGCAAUUUUAUUCUUUUUGUGUCUGUCAUUACAUACCCCAAUAUCUGUUCUUUCUGUAAAUUAGGUCGCAGAAGCUGUGCCGGAGAGACGUUGGCUAGAAUGGAACUCUUCCUGUUCUUCACAAGCCUCCUGCAGAACUUCACAUUCCAGGCGCCUCCUGGGGAGGAACUAGAUCUCACCCCUGAUGUCGGUGGAACUGUGCCCCCUAGGCCCCAUACUGUUUGCGCUUUGCCUCGUUCCUGAGGCUAGUGCGUUGACCAACUGAAUAUUCCUCUUGAAAUGUACUUUGUUAUUUUGAGUUUUAUUUAUCAGUUUGGGUUCUGCAAUUUGGGAUAAUGUAAUAAAAGUCCUAAUUUUA